CUCAGCGAGCAUUGCAAACACGCGGUCGCCUAACGGUUUUUUUUUUGUUUGUUUCUGUUUUGUUUUGCUCUCCCAUAUACUGUCAUUGCCAAACACCCAUCCACAUGUCCAGUAAUGGCGGCCUACCAUUCCGCUUCACCGACGAGCGUCACAUGAAGUUCGUGGAGCUUUACAGCCGUGAGCCGUGCCUUUGGAACCGUCAACCCCAGCUCUGGGCUGCUCGCAAUGCCGCCUACAAGCGCAUCCAGAUGGGCAUCAAUGCCGAGGCAGAACCCACUGAAAACCCGAUUACCAUACAGGGUGUCAAGAUGAAAAUCAAAAAUCUGCGCACGGGCUAUCACCAGGAGCUGAAGAAGAUCAGAGCAAAUCCCAAGUAUACUCCGAAAAUUCCCUGGUUUGCACCGCUGCACAAGUUUAUGGCUCAAUUUCUGGACAAGAAAUCGGACGAAGACAUAGUGCUGGUAAAUACGCCGCCUUUAAAGCGUUUGCAGAUCAAAUUGCCGCGCUUGAAGACCAUCAAGCUGCUUCCAUUGGAGUCCGAAGAGAAGCGCGAAAUUAAAAUGGAACUCGAGCCCGAUCAACAGGUGCUUAUACCCACAACAGCUCUAUCCGUAAUGCCCACGCAAAGUCCGCCACCCCCGUUGCGGCUAAUAACGUCACCAGCCCAACCCCCUUCCCCCGUCGAAGUUAACCCUACGCCGGUUGUAAGCUCUGCGUUGUUAGAUCGAACUCGGACGCUACCAUCGCUGGGCGACGAUGAAUUUAUGUUCUUCGGACUCAGCGUUGCGGCCCAACUAAGGAGCAUGCCUCUCUCGAAUGCAAUGAUUAUGCAAUCCAAAAUUCAGUAUAUGCUCUCAGUGGAGCGUCGCAAGAUCAGCGGCGAUACCACAGAGGUAAAUCUAUUUACUUAAAACUUUUACUCCGUCAAAUAUACCAGAAAUGGUCUUGACUUAAGGGGAAUCACAGGUCGAAUUAUACAUUAGUACUUCACAAAGCGCAACAAU